ACGAGGUCACCGUUGUGAUACUGAUACGUGCUUACGCUGUUCUUGUUUUUGUAUUCUUCGCCUAGUGUUAAUGACUAAUGUGCAAUAUCCUUGCGAAGCACACAAAUAUAUGCGCAUAGAUGUGUGGCAAGGACACGAGCAGUGCACGUUUUUUCGGUUUUCGGUUUUCUAGUGGCGGCUGGACACGCGACGCCUAUGGCCGACGUCGAGUGGUCAAUGAAAGUUUCGUUAAUUUGGCUACGACUUUUAAGGUGGAUUUACUGAUUGAAACGGCGAUUUUUAUUUUGUUAUAAGCUUCGUUCUAUGGCAUAAGCACACGCACACACAUUCAGACAUGCUGCGGUCUGUUGUGGAGCUUUAAAAAUUUCGCACAACUCACUUGGCGUGUGCCGGGUUGGUGGGAUUCGGUUGUGGAGCUAGUCGUCGUGCUGUUCGAUUCAGUCUGUCAUUGACUUUCGUGUUGUGCGCAUAGUUGAGACGCUGCUUAGUGUUCGUUGAAACGGAUUUCUGUGCUCGUUCGGACGCAUAUCCUGUGGUGUUUUUUGUUUUUUUGUUCUAUCCUCUGUGCUGGUGUUUGUGCGACGUGAAAUUAAAAAGUAAAAAAAAAAAAUUAAAAUUGUAGUGAAAGAAAAUUGCGAAAAGUGAUAGAAUCAAAAAAUUCUGCACCCACCCAAAGUGGUUGAAAGGGGAAAAAGUUGUAUAUUGCACUUUGAGUAUAAACGGAAAAUAUUAAGUGAGAUGUGAAAGUGGAAAAAAGUCAAAUGCAACAGCAAGUGCAGCGUAAAACUAAAAGUAACAACAACAAAUAUAAUAAUAAAAAAUAAGGUAAAAGCAGUUUAAACGCAGAAAAAGUGCGAAAUAAGUGGAAGUGAAAAGAAUGCAACAACAACAACGACAGCAACAACAACAACUAUGCUAUCAACGGUAACAAUCGUAUAAAUGUUGCUGGUAUUAAGUCAUUAAAAUAUUAUCGCACAACUAUUAUCCUUGUUUGGCAGGGCAAAGGCGAGGCAGUCGCAAUCUCGAGUAAAGCAAAGCAAACCAAAGCUGAGCUGAGCGGAUUUGUGAACCGACCUGAAAGUUUUCGCAUUGUAGGUGUGCGUGUAUGUGCUUAUGUGUGCACGGUGGAUUGUAGUAAAAGUGUCUGCUUCGGCAAUUUAGUGUUGCUGCUGAAUAAACGUAUCGAAGAACAACAAGCAAGUGAAAAGAAAAAAAAAAACUAAAUGGUAAUAGCAACAACCAUAACUUAUAACAAUAAUAAAAAGGGGCAGCAGAAGUAGCAACAAAAGCAAUAACUAGCUAACUGCCAGCCAGGCAGUCAUGCGAGCGAGCAUUUCACCAACGCAGUAGCUGCAACAAGGCAACAUAGAGACACAGAAAACAAUAACAAAAAAAAUAUAAAAAAACGUAGCAUGCUGCGAACAGCAACAAAUAGAGAAUCAGAUAGCAUUGCAAUAGUAGCAACGACAGGAGUUGGCAGAACCAUGGCAGAGGUCCUUACAAUCAGCUCAGCUGCUGGUAUCGCCGGUGAACAGUCGACAAAAUGCUAUGUGGGGAAGUCAGUUACAGCAACAACAACAGCAAGCAAGACAAAAGUGCCAAGUUGCAGCAGUUGUAGCAGCAGCGGCGACUGCAAUGGCACAAUGAAGCUAACGACUAUGCCAACAACAACAACAAAAACAAUAGCAGAAGCAGCAGCAGCAGCAACGACAACACCGCUAAAGAGAAAGACAAAAUCACCGCUUUGGCGUUGCGCUGCGCUACUGAUAAACAAUAAUAACAAUAACAAAAGCAACAACAAAUUAAAUAGCAACAAAUGCAAUAACAAUAACUGCCAACACUUCAGUUCUUGUUUUGCUGACGCUGCUCGUUCUUCUUCUGCUUCUUCUACUUCUUCACCCUCAUUUGUUCAUAUUCGACCAUCACCAACAUCAUCGUCAUGGAUAUUUAGCCUUUGGCUAUGGAUUGCAAUUUCAUCAUUGGUAUUUGUGCAGUGUGUGCCAUCACCCUCCUCUUCAAUGUCCGUUUCCUCAUCGGGCAGUUCGUCGGCAAACUCAGCGUCAUCCAACGCAAUGCAAUCACCACAAAAGCGAGGUAAUUACCACCUAAUUGCGGUCAUAAAUAAUAACAAUUAGUGCAGAAAGUAAAUCACUUAUUUCCAGCCUUUUCCAUGUAAGUGAGUAGAAUUUAUUUCAAAUAAGGAAAUGAGUUUGCAGCGUUCAAUUAAUAAAUGUGAAUGGAAAUUUAAUUAGAUAAAUCACGAUACAGGCGUAAGUGUACCUAAUAUUUCACUCGUUUAUCAUGCGUGUCUGUAAUUCUUAGCAUAUUUGUGAAAUAAUUUAUGCAAAUAAUGUUUACAUCGGUAGAACAACUGGGAAAUCAGGUACCUUAUUGGGUUACUUACUUGCCAUCUGUGUGGAAAAAAGUUCGAAAUUCUUUUUCAUUUUCUAUUUUCCACACUAAUUUAAAGAAAAAAGUGUCCUUGCAUGAAACUACUUAACUUAGCUGUUGACAGACUCAUUCAUUUAAGAAGCUCUGCAAAUAUUGCGACGACAAUAUGAUGUUGAACCACAAGACUUUGGGGUGACAAAGUGACAUUUUAAAUAUUCCCUUUUCACACUAGGGACUAGGGCCUUCAUCAAAAAAAGAGGGGCCAGUGCAAUACUUCAGUUUUGCUACCCACACUUUGCCUCCCGGGCGAGUUUUUCUUUGCUGCAAAUUUUCGCUGCCACUUCAUUUCAAUUUCAUUGCUUUGUUUGGCUUGCCCCGCCAAAGUAAAGAGUCUCUCAAAAAGACAUCAAUCGUUGAUGUGUCACAGGCACACAAGAAGUGAACAGCUCGCAGAGCGAGUGGAAGAAAGAUCAUGAGUUGGAUUGUAUGUAUGUAGGUUCCCAUCUGUCGAAAAUUCUGUAACAGCCGAAUGAGCUGUACUGCGAUUUCACUAGUUUUAUGAUGAAAAAAUAUGCAACUAACUCAACUCUUUUUCAUAGAACGAGAAUUUUUGUUCCUUCUUAUAUUUUAAUUAAAAAUUAAUUUUAGUUUCGAGCUUUAUAAGACCCAGUGCUGCACCACAUUUUCAAGUAGUUUAAAAGUCAAAUUUUUUUGUAAUAAACUUUCAACUGGCUCCGAAAUAACUAGUUGGGAAAAGAUUUGUGGAGUAGUUUGAAAGUAGCAUCUCUUCAUAUUCUUCACUUAGCUUUACCGUUUUGUGAACUAGUUUAAAAGUAACAUUUGACGAUAUCAACUUUCAACUGGUUCAGAAAUAACUAGUUGGGAAUAGAUUUGUGGAGUAGUUUGAAAGUAGCACCUCUUCAUAUUCUUCACUUAGCUUUACCGUUUUGUGAACUUGUUUAAAAGGAACAUUUUACGUAACAAACUUUUAACUGGUUACAAAAUAACUAGCAGGGAACUAGUUUGAAAGUAACUUCUUUUCGUAUUCAAUAAUUAGCUAUAAGAAUUUGUGAAUUAGUUUAAAAGUAACAUUUUACGUAAUCAAUUGUCAGCUA